UCUCCUAAAAGUUUAUGGAAAUGAACGUAUACUAUGUUACUACCGAAUCUUUUGCAAUUUAUCGUUGUUCUUUCCUCGUUCAAAGUUGAGGCCAAUGGCAGCGUUAAUUACUGCACCUCAGGCCAAUUGCUCUACCCGAUUUCGUGAAAUCUAUCAACCUGGUGUUUUAUACAAAUGUUCUGUAAAUAACCAAGUAUGUGAAGAAGUGGAACUGUACAAAGAAGGAAACACAGAGUUUAAAAAUGGAGAGGAGUACACCUACCACGACUUAAAAAAUGGAUCUUGGCUGGGGGUUAGUUUAGCCGUCCAACCAGGUGGCGAAAAUUUUAUUGUGACUUGUGGGCAUCUAUGGAAGAACCAACGUUAUAAUAACAUUUACUUAACCAAUGGUAUUUGUUACGUUAUUGACAGAGAACUCAAUCCGAACUCUGUUAUCAAGUUAGCACCAUUCUCACGAAAAAGUAAACAAAGUAUUCAGGAGCACAAAAUAUAUUACCACGCCUUCGCCUUGGGUGGAUUCUCUGCGGCUUACAGUGAGGAGAGCUACGACUUUUUGUUAGGAGCGCCAGGGAUUUAUGAUUGGACAGGAUCUGUUGCGGAUUUCAGAACUGGAAAGAAGACAAAUGAUACUACUUUGGUUGGAAUUCCUAUGCCUCCUUGGAAUCAAGAUCCAUCUCAGCAAGCUUAUAUAGGUUACUCUGUGACUAUGGGCAGAUUUUUUGAAUUUGGAGGAGAGUUAUUUGUGACAGGAGCACCACGAGAUGCUGAUAAUAAGGGCAGAGUUUACAUAUUUGAUGCUUUGAGUAGUUUUGAUCCAGUGUUUGCUGUUAAGGCCAAAAAAGAAGGUGAACAGAUGGGAGAAUAUUUUGGAGCAGUAGUUUUGGGAAUCAACUUGAAUAACGAUCGAUUCACAGACCUUAUUGUUGGAGCUCCAUUGCAUUCCAAAGAAUCAGGAGGAGAUGAAGGAAAAAUUUAUGUAUAUAUCAGUGAUGGUGUGGGUCUACAGAAUACUGAAUAUACAAUAAUGGGAUCUGAGAAGCCAAAUGCCAGAUUUGGAUCUGCAAUAGCAAAUGCUGGAGAUCUCAAUCAAGAUGGAUAUUUAG